AGAGAGAGGGAGAGAGAAAAAGGAGAGAGAAAGAGAGAGAGGGAACAUUUCUCGUCGCUCAAUGGAACACCGGCGCGGCCGGUCGAGAUCGGCGACGUCAGCACGGCAAGUCGGGCAACCGCGGGAAACAGCCUUUAACCUUUGAAAUAUCGCCGUGCGCGCGAUUAUAGUCGGAGAACCGCAGAUCUCGAACUUCGUAUCGUGGAAGACCGGAGUUAGAGGCAAGAAGAGGGAAGAGGGAAGAGAAAAAGUGAAGGGAGACGAAAUAGAGACGGACAGUAGUAGCAUAGGGAGUGCAACACCCCCUUGGUAUUGGGGAACGGAAUCGACAAUCUGGAAGAAGUAUCCUCCCUGGUGGUACCUCUCCGAUCAUCGCCGCGACGAUUUCAUACACAGAGAUAGAUAGAGAGAAAGAAAUACAGACACGCAUACGUAACACGCGCACGCAGAUAUCCAACGCUCGCGUGCGCGGGCGCGCGCACGGCAUCACACGCCCAUAUGAACGGCCAUACGGAAGCGGAGCGUGUGAGAGAGAACGACGAAAAUGUCAGUGAAUGAAUUGCGCCCCGUCGUGUGUGAGCGGACGACGUCGUACGUGGUAUGAUUGCACGGGGUGUCGCUACGUCGUCGGGACAGACAUAGCUCUUUUCGUAACGCGCUUCGAUCGACGAGGGAGAGAAGGACCGAGCGUGAUGCACGACGUACGUUGCCGAACGUCAACCAGAAACUCAGGUGUCCGUUAAAAGAAGAGCGGAGCGGUAAAAGAGAAAAAAAGAAGCGGAGGGUGAAGGACAUUUCGGAGGACACAUCCUUCCUUCCUUCCUUCAUUCCUUGGCAGCGUAGAAGGCGCCGCGAACAGUGCGCCGAAGGUGAAAUCGCACGAUAAGGCGAAGAGACGAGGAGAAGAAAGAAGAGGAUAAGAGCGGAGACACACACACACACAGAGAGAGGGCGAAAGAGAGGGUGAUAGGGUCGGAGAACAUCACGGGACGGCGCGACGCGGAGGGAGGAAAGGUCGAGAUCGGUGGGAAAGCUCUCACGCGGAAGGAAGAAAAAGCGCACACGGCAGGCACACGGCAGACGAGACACGCGGCGGCGACAGAAAGAGACAGAGAGACAGAGAGACAGAGAUCAAGAAGCAAGUAUUAUCACAGUAAAAUGCCCCGCGCAUUAAUAAAACACUGCACCUCCUAUGUAUCUCGAUGAACCCUCCCGCGCGCGCAUAAAAUCUCUAUCUGUACUGUUCACGCGGGGCCGUCUCGCGCCCCUGACAUAUCUCUACUCUCACUACUACAUACAUAUGCAUAUAUCUCGGUGUACCUCUUUUUCUUCUGUGCCUUUGUUCUAAACAUCUCUGUUGUGUAAACACCUGGUCCCGCGUCUCGCACCGACAACAAACGCGCACCGCUCUCUGCCACGGCAAGCCUUUGCUUUUUGAACGUUUUUCGGGGCACCUGUUGAUACGACCGACCUACAUACCAUACUAGCUGCUGUCUACAUUUAUGCUCUGUCACCCCGUCAUUGUCGUACGACCGAUCGGUCAUCGAGCACGGUAUCUCCGAGGUUGGUCCGGCGUUGGUCUUCUCCGCUCGCGCGAGUAUCGUCCGCGGACGCACGAGACGCAAAUUUUAUAUCAUACGCGCUACGUCGUAGUUUUCAGAUCUGAUCCGAAUCACAAAAUUUUGACGCGACCUGAAUCGUAUCGAGAGAGAAAAUUAUUUCGCUUCUUUGUUUCAUCCCUGAAUGCCUAUCAGUCAUUACGCGAUCGCCUAAUGUAAGUUUUGCGAAAUUUCACGACGAUGACAAUUACGUUCGACUAGUAUUUAAUUAUAUCGCGAAAAUUUUUAUAAAAUUAUUGAAAAAUCGUGUUUUUUAUUACGAUCGCAAGGUGGAACUUGGACGAUUAGGCGCGAUUAUUUACAAACGAACGCGAUGAUCAUCUAUUAUCGUAAUUGCAAUCGCCUCGCUGGCGACGUAGCUCGGUUCUUCGUGUUGCGCAAAGAAACAUACGCUCGAGUAUGUUCGAUGUACGUGAGGAGAAAGGGAGAUAGGUACGUAAAACAGAAAGAGAGAGAUAUGACGAAUGGAAAAAAGGGGUUGGGCCGAGCGAGAAAGAGCAGAUGCAGAAAGAGAGAGGCAAAGAGAGCGGCAAGGUAAGCGGAUAAGGAAACAACGCACUCUGAGGAAGAGGGUUCUCUCUCUUUCCGGAGAGACGAUGUAGCUUUAUCGGCAAACGCGAGCGUUGGGUGGCACGUCGACGUUUGGUCUAAAUGUUGUUUAACACUCUCAAGCACCUUAUAUACGCAUCUAUGAGCACGCACGAUGAGCACCUCCGAUACCACCUCCACACGUCGCAGCACUCUCUGUUGAAUUAUAUCCUGAGAAAACAAAAACCAACAAAAAAAAAAAAAAAAAAAGAAAAACCACCACAAAUCUUUUUGUGUUCCUGGCACCUACGGUCGUAGAAUAUCGCACGUUAUUCUUUAUUAACGACCUGAUUUCAGGACGGUCGGUACAGGACAGGUGUGCGCUUUAUCACGAAGGGAAAGCCAAGGUCGCGGCUACUAUCAUGGACUACCGAAAGUGAAGCGUAUCGAUUAGAGGAGCGAGCAUAACGCAAUCAAAUGUCAAACGUGAUACACCGUGCGCUCGAAUCGGCAACUUAACUCCGAUAGAGAGACAAAAAGAGAGAGAUAGAGAGGUCUGUUAUUUUUCCGGGGCCUGACAGAAUUGUGGGUCCCAGUCUGGGACAUGCUAGAAAGAGAAAGAGAGAGAGAGAGAGAGAGAGAGAGAGAGAGAUCACCCUCUCGAUACAGCACGCGUAGCAUCGUUGCGUUUUCUAUGCAAUAGCCGUCGCUGUGUCAAAGUAUAUCGCCGUUCGUGAUUUUUUAUCAAGUUUAUCCUCGAUCUCCUAUUCUUCGCCCCCUCGAUAUCAAUCGACCGCCCCGAAUCUCCCACCCACCUUACUGCACGCACACUUACACGCGCAUAUACAGACACACACACACAUACAUAUAUACACAGAUACACCUACACGUUCCAUCCUCAGCUUCCCAGUGUACCGCGAGUUCAAACGAAAAGUCGGCCUAACUCAGAAUCGCUACAGACGUGCCUUUAGACUGGCAGUGAGUAGUAAACAGCUAAAGAGAAUAAAAACACAAGAAAAUUUAAAAAAAUAUAUAAACAAAGCAUAUCAUUGCUGUUCAUGUAGGUCAAUUAUAACACCACGUUCAACCGUAUAAUCGGGUGCAACAAAAGUGGUGGACAAAAGAGAGAAGGAAGAAAGAGGGAGAUAUAUAUAUACGUAGAUACAUAUAUAGAGAGAUAGAGAAAACUAGAGAAAAAGAAAAGAGGGAAGAAGAGAGAGAGAGAGAGAGAGAAAGACAGAGAGAGAGAGAGAAAUAACGGAACGCUGCUUGAAAACGUUGAUGAUUUGUAAAAUGGCGGUUUGCAUGUUCUGGCUUCUCACCUAUGUGGGACAGGGACUGGAUCUGGCGGUGGGCAAUCGACCCGUGAUCAUACAAGUGCAAGGCACACAAGGGCUCGACUAUCGUCACGGAAGCGGUAGCAGCAUUAGAAAGAAGAGCGAGCUGAGCCCGGUAGGAAGCAACCUGUUGCACCUCAGAAUAUACCCUACCGACGGCAGUCCCCACAUGCGAGACGAUCUGUCCAACUGGCUGGUAUUGAACGACGAGCCGCGGAUAACGUCGUGGUCGCCCGCCGGCAUGCUGAUCGACGACAUGGUGAAGGAGCCGCGCGAGCUCCAGAACGUGUUCUUCGCCCUGUCGCCCGCCAUGCUCAACGUCCUCUAUUCCGAAUACGUGACGUCGUCGCAGUCCCAUGCGAUCGCCGCGACCGAGCCUUAUAUUCCUCAUGACGAGGGUAACAAUCAGCUGAUCGGCGGCGGCCGUCAGCGAGUGAAGAAACGGCGUAUAGGCUGUCGGCAUCCGCGAGGUCCGCUCAGCGUCCUGCCGCCGAUACUGGUGUGCGACGAGGCCGGUAGAAAGACCACCGCCGCCGCCGCCAACGUCCUUCAGGAAUCCAGACAAUCCAAUUACGACGAUCUCUACGCGGAGCAGAGAUUUAACACUGCGACGAGUACGAAGACUGAUCCCGCGGGCGCCGAGGCCGGCACCACCCUUAAUUUACCCACGAACGGCGGCUUCAUCCCGAAGGCCUUCGCCUACGAGACUGGCAAAUUACCCGGUAGCAAGCGGAAUCAGAUCACGGUCGGACGGCGUUCGAUCGACGCGCAACGAGAGUCCCCGGGACACCAGGCUCAAGCGUCCUCGGUGUCCUCGGCCGGCGCGAGCAUCGCCUCGCAUCUCAUGCUGAGGUCCAUCCGGGGAAGCAUACAGUACGACGUGCCGCAAGUCGAAUGUCCAGUCUCCGAAGACGGAAUGGAAAGAUUCGCUUGUCCGAGUGCGGAUAGAAUGGGUAGAUAUCAUUGCAUCGACGAUCACGUCCUGUGCGACGGCUUUGUAGACUGUCCCAACGGCGAGGAUGAAGACAGACGUGAUUGCAUGUUUUACAAAACCACGAAAGCGCAUCUGGACGUAUUAGCGGACGCCAUACUACGAUGGGCGAGGGGACGCUAAUUCCUUCUUUGUUGACGAUGAACCUCCAAUCUGUACAUAAAAUCACAAGUCUAAUACGUCUACUUCUUUAUAUAUAUUCAUCGAUAUCUUUUUCUCCUACAUUAAUCUAUUUUCCGGAAACUGUUUUCUCUCUAUGUUGGGCGCAUAGAGAUGUUCAUAUUAAAAUCAAACUCAGGGGAACGUUAAGAUGAACCGUCUCUCUCUCUCUCUCUCUCUUUCUAUCUCUAUACCUCACUCUGUACUUCUCCCUCUCGCUCUCUCUAUCUCUAUCUCUAUCUCUUGCUCUGUGCCUCUUUCUGUCCUUUUCUCUUUCUUUCCCAGAAACGAAUACGGCCGCUCGAAUUAAUCUCCGAGAGGACACGGCAUGGUUCUAACUACAUUAAAAAUCGGUUAGCAAGGUCUAUCUCGUAACCAAGAUAUCCUCACAUAAAGUACAAAUUAUAAGGUGUCCGAACUUUUAGGAUGUUAUAAAUAAAGUUCGUAAGAGAGUUAUGGCAUUUUAACGCCGCUGUGUAUGGCGCACGAGAGUACCCGACUUGAAUAAUUUCAGUUCUAAGCAUAUCUAUACCAGCUAAUAUAUACCACACAGAUGAUGUAUUACGAUUUCAUAUUGAGCGAUUUCCGCGAGAUCGUACUAACUCUUUAACGACUUUAUUUUGGUAUACAAUAAAGUAAUUUUGAAGACUGAGAACUAUUUACUUCAUUCCCAGAGUAAACACGCGGCUUCGCGCCGAACCGAUAGGAACGAACGAUAUCGUACCGUUUGGCAAGGAACGGGCACGUGUACCUAGAGAUUUCCUCCUAGAGUACUUCCUAAGAGAUUGUAACAGAAAUGUACUCAUGUUUUUAAUCAAAUCACUCCGCAAAUGACGUUAACGCGUAUAUAAAAUAAACAUAAUAAUUAAAACUCAAUGUCGAUCCGGUCUUCUGGUACCGACACGAAGAGACGUCUCCUUCGCCUUGUGUGCACGCUCCAUGUUUUUUCGUCAUCGAUAUAUCUCUAAAUAAUUAAUUUAUUUCGAAUUUAUGGAAAGAUGUUCGCGAAUAAAGACAAAGUAAAUGCUUUCAUCAAAAAAAAAAAAAGAAAAAA